UAUACCUAGCGCCGCCAGUUAAAGUCUCUCUGCGUUGCGUCCAUUCUAAAAUAUUUUAAUGUUUUAUCAAGAGACUACAGACUACGUUUCUCGAUAGCAUUCAGUUUCCUACUCUUUGCAAAAAUCGUUGUGUGCGAAAUUAAAACUCGAAUUUCUUAUUUUACUCCGAAAUUUUGAACGCAAUUCGUUUUUUCUUUUGCUCCGAAAUUGUUAACUUUGACAGAAAAAAAAUUACGCGCUAAAGGAGUGAUAAUAGAAUAAAAAUUCCUAACCUACUAAAUUGUGUUGCUUGUAUAUUCUCGGUGGGAAUUGUAAACUGACCUUCGUCAAGAGUUUUUUUUUUUUCAAGAACCAUAUUGUCGACAUGUGUGUAAAACUUGGGGAAAUAGCUCAGGUUUUAAGUGUUUGAUUUGGAAAGUUUUUCGGAGUGGUAUACGAAAAAAAGAGAGAGGGAAGGAGAGAGACUGCCUUUUUUGGGAGAAAGGAAGGAGAGAGAAAAGAAAGAAGUGGGGAGAGAAGGCCCUGGCAUUGUGCAUUGUAAAGUAGGGAAAUUCCGAGACUCACUGGUUUAGAGUAGCAGGCAGAAAGGUAAGGCCCUCACUCACAGUUGUGGUAUUAACACGUGCGGAACAUUAAAAUUUUCAAAAUGUGGCAACAGUCGCAACAAGGACCCAUGGCCGGUAACGUCUCAUCAUCAUUAGAUCUUGAUAAAGGUGAUAAGUGUCAACAACAAGAUUUCGGUGAUUCGGGCUUUCUAUCGGGUACAAAUUUAAUUUUCUCCGAGGAAUUUAUUGAAUCCUCAUCCGAUAUUAAAGUUGAAGAAGAACCAAUAGUAGUGCAAAUUGCUCAAGAACCGAUGAGAGUCCAUGACAGUGGUUUAGAUUUGGGCCUUAGUGAGAAUCUCGGUCAACUCACUAUCAAGCAUAAUACACUAAAUUCAUUGGAUAAAGUUCAUUUGGAACCAUUGAGAUUGACCCCGGUCAGUAUUAAGGCAGCGCCUAGAAGUGUAUUCGCGUCUGAUAAACAACAAUCGCAAGUUACUCAGGAACCUUGGGAAAUUUAUUAUUGCCAAGACGACGACGGUGACACGCAAUUGCACAUUGCAGUGGUUCAGGGCUACAUUGAGGCAACAUUUUGUCUUGUUAAUAUGGUGCCACAUCCUUGCCUCCUGGACAUUUUGAAUGACGACGGACAAACGGCCCUUCAUCUUUCAAUUUUAACACAUCAGCCGAGAAUAGCGAGGUGUUUAAUUCUCGCCGGUGCUAAUCCAGAGGCAAGAAAUAUCAAAGGGAAUACAGCCCUUCAUCUGGCUUGUGCUUGCGGUGAUAUUGAUUCUGCACGAGCUCUCACCGAUCCAUUAUCUAAUGGUGAACGAGGUCUACAUUUACCCGGACGCUUUUUACCCGCUCUACCUCAAAAUUUAGAGCAACGAAACUAUAAUGGUGAAAUGUGCAUUCAUCUAGCGGCAAGUGGAAAUCACGUGGAACUUGUGAGACUAUUACUUCGACUUGGUGCUGAUUUGGAUGCGAGAGAAGGCCUCGCCGGUAGAACGGCAUUACAUUUAGCAAUUGAACACGGCUGUAAAGCAGUUUUGAAAUUCUUAUUAGAAGAAUGCAGGCCCAGUUUGGAUGUGCCAAAUUAUGCAGGCUACACUGCGUAUCAAAUUGCCCUUUGUGUUGACACACAAUUAGCCGUUGAUCUUAUAAGGUUUGGCGCCAAGCCUCAACCACUUUCCGAUGAGGAGACAGAUAGCGAUAAUUCUAGUUUAGAAGACAAUGAUGAAAGUUAUAUGUUCAACUUAUCAUCACUACAAAACAAUUCAAUGUCUGCCGUUAGGGCUUAAAAGUCUUUCCAAAUAGAGAUUCUUCUUUUUUUUUUUUGUUUCUAAAAAUUCAAAAAGAGAAAACUUUAAACUGACUUGGAGUUUUUCGACUAAUUUUCAAAAUUCAAUCAAUUUUAAUUUCAUAGAAACAAAUAGUUUUCAAACAAAUUUCUAAACAAAUUUUCAAUCAAAUUUUCAAACAAAUUUACAAUCAAUUUUACUACAAAAUUUACUCGAAA